AUUGCUUGCGAGUUGCUGCAACAAAUUGCAUAGUUUGAUGCGGGCGUUACUAAUCACAUUACACAGCCUUUAGAUCUAUUUCUCAGAGCCAUAUGGCCAUAUGGUGAGGAUCUUGCCUUUCCGGAGCCAUUAUCAAGAAAGAAGAAGAAGCAUUUAGAUCAAUUUAGAUCAUAUAUCACUUUAUACUGCUGGUGUGUGUGUUUGUGCUGUUUUUUAUAUCUAUAAAAAGAUUUAUAUUUUAUAAUUCACUGACGAAAUACGAUGGUAGAGGAAAUUAUUAAUCCUAGCAAUAAACCGAAAAACAAGACAGCUCGACCUCGUCCGGUGUAUUUAUGGAACGUGUUAGACGUGCAAAAGUGGUUGAGACGACACUGUAGUGACUAUUAUCAGCUGUAUCAUGAAAAGUUUUUACAUCAUGACAUUACAGGAAGAGUAUUGUUAAGAAUAAACGAAAACAUCUUGUUGCGGCUUGGUGUCGAUAAUGAACAACAUAGAUUGGACAUAUGGAGGGAAAUUAUGAAACUGCAUCUCAAAACAGAUAUGCUAGAAAUUAGAGACAUAGAACGGCGUAAUAAUAUGAACUUUGACUAAAAUAUACAAAAUUUUUAUAUACAUUUUAUAGAUAUAUUUUUAUAAUCUUAUGUUAGUAUUUAAAAUAUAUAAUGUAUUAUAGAAUUUGAACUAUGUAUAUACUGCGUAUUUCAGACCACUCGUACAUCCCAUUUAAAAACGAGUGAAGUGGUUAUUUUAAAAAAUGUUUCAGACAAAAGUUAUUGGUAAUCAAGUAAUGCAUUACAUGGGCAUAUGCGAUUGACCUUGAAUGACGUCGUGAAAGUCAUGUCAAGGUCAACUUGAAUUUUUUAAAUGGGAAUCCUUACUUUUUAUUUCAUAUUCUUGUAGCUAACGUCAAGGCGUUUUCGAAACACUGGUUACAAACUCUUUUUAGUUGAGAUCUUCCUGAGUUAUGAGACUUUAAAAUUUAAGUACCGCCGGCAUUAGUAUUACCCAAGAUGUACCGCGUGGAGGUCGCACGGUCGGAUUUAAAAAAUUCAAGUCGACCUUGACAUGACCUUCACGACGCCAUUCAAGGUCAAUCGCAUAUGCCCAUGUAAUGCAUUACUUGAUCACCAACAACUUCUGUUAAAACCAUUUUUUUAAAUAACCACUUCCCUCGUUUUUAAAUGGGGUGUACGAGUGAUCUAAAACACCCGGUAUAAUAUGUUUAAAAAUUUAAUAUAAAAAAUAUUUAAUAAUUGUUUUGUAAUGCAGAGUUUAACAUUUAAUAACU